AAGCGCUCUCUCACUGGUGCAGUGGAGCGCCAACUCUAUUCCAAUCAACAUAUCCCAAUAAUUACUAAUUAGCCAAACGAUCGCGUGCCAAAUAUUUUAAAAAAUAAACAAUAAAAAAUCUUUGUGCUAACCUGUUCUUUGGCCACAAUUAAGUGGAAAUGAUAAGCGAUAAGAUUUUGUUGUGCGUGUUACUUACUACGGUGUGGCGUGUAACAGAAGCUGCCAGCAUACCUUUUCUGAGGCCUGCACACAUAGCAGAUCUAAGAUAUGUCACAGAGAAGAGUGCAGAAGUACAGAGCCCAGUACAGGUGAUCCACGGGCGCGUACGAGAGGGGGUGCCACCGCCACUAUGCGCGGGCCGCUGCGCUUCGCCCCCUGCAGGCCCCGUAUGUGCUUUCGACGCGGCUGGCACCGCGCGAACUUUUGCAACCCUCUGUGAACUGGAGGCCGUGUCUUGCCGCGAAAGUACAUAUUACGCGAUAACCAGUCUCGGUGAAUGUUAAGAAAAAGAUGUUCAUUAUAAACCAAAGAACAUUCAUUUUAGUUUAUAGAAAUUAACCGCCUUCAUUAUAAUGAUACAAGGACCUUAUGGCAGUUUUUUGACAUUGACAGGGGUGAUAAGUUUUAGUGUUACCAGUAGCAAAAAUUUCCUUGCAACUACCGAAAUUCGCCAAUGGUAAAUACAACAAUUUGUAAGCAAGUUAGUGCGUACUUUUUAAAUUGAUUAUCCACACAAAUAAUACAACUUAAGGUUUAAAAAAAGUACAAGGUAAAUUUAUUUUAUUAAGCAUGAGCAAUGCUUAAAAUUAAUAAAGAUUGCUUGCACGAUAGCUUCAUCAUACCCAUGGUCCUGGUAAAAGCAAUUAAAACUUUACUUUAAAGCGUCACACGUGACAUUUGCUUGAAUUUUGAAAAUAUAAAAUGGCAACAUUAUCGCGUGCAGCUGCCGCUUCCUUAUUGGUCAAAAUAUGACGCUGUCAAGAUGACAUUGUUAGUUCACAUAUUUUUCGACUGUCGUAAGAUCCUUGUGGAACUAUAUUCAACAGGAAAAUUUUGUCAAAAUUAAUUUAGGUUUCGUUAAACUAAAACAAACUUUUAAAAAUAUUGUAUUAUUGUGAAAGUUAAAAGUAAUUUCUUUAGUUUAUAAAAUUUUAAAAGUCUUAUUCCGCCUUUAUUAAACUGCGGUCUUUAUGUAUGGUCAAUAAGUUCUUACAUUCUUUAUGAAGUAAGUGAUUGCCUUUAAUAUUAUAAUUCUAGAAACAUUUGAUGAUUAAACUUAAUUCAUCAUCUUUAUUUUUUUUUUCAAUAAAAAUGAACAUAGUUUUAAAAAUCCGUAAUUUAUGUGGCAAUUUUUCCAAAAUGUCUGACAAUAUAUUGCAAAUCAAUGUAUCGAUUUUUUUAAAUAUGUUUUAGCAGCUUCCAUUAAAAAUAAUUAGAAAAAUAAACAACAAAAUACAUAUUAAAAUUUAAAGAAAAAAAUUAGAAAGCAUUGCUCAAAAGUACUCUUAAGAAAGAAAAUAUUACCGAUUAUUUGCAAAUAUUGUUGGCAAUGCUUUACCAGUAGUAUUAAGAUAUAAGUAGUAUAGGUUAAAUAUUAUUUAUUGUACAAAGUACACUU